AUGAAAGCACUUCAUUUUCCAGGAAACUCAUUUCUGAUUGGCACAACUAAGUCCCAGCGAUCAUUUAUCUUUGACGCAACAACUCCAGAAAUCACGGUUCCUGAUGCUCAUUGUACGCGGCGAUACAGCACCUGUAAAAAAUUUUGCAAUGUCCGUAAGUCCUCCGACUUCAUUGCGAAGCUCUCAUGUAGCGCGGAUUUGCAAGGCCCUAUGUGCUCCGACGUGUUGUGUCAACGUUCCUCCAACCGAUGCGGAGUGCGAUACAGCCGGUUACAAUCACAAUUCUAUUAUAACAAGCUGAGGAUAUUUUCACAGUUUUGGUCCUCACCGAAUAGCGACGAUGUUGGGGUGUGGGCUGAGGAUGUGAUAAGUGUGCAGCCCUUGCCGGGCACGGACGGCGAAUGGUCAGGUUGCGCGGGGCGUUUUGGUACCAUUCUAUUUAUCCAUUUUUAGGCGCUUUAUUCGCCUUGGAACACAACCAUUGGUGCUGAAGAUCCCUGUCGCCGCGUUCUUCGACACCCGAGGCAUGCGAGAAAUGUGAGUUAAAACUGUCCUCAUUGCAAAGAAAAUCUCGUUUUUUGUCACCCCUUUUCAGCGGUACAAUAGGUCUUGGAAGACAACCAAAAAUCAAGAACAUUGUGCAGAUCUUGUACGAGAACAGAGAGAUUCCGUAUCCCGCGGUCACCAUUUCCAUGCCAAAGGAGAGAUUAGGCAUUGCCCAAAAUUUUUACUUUUCCUUUGGUGAUUACAAUGACAAACAUUGUACAGCAAAUUGGGAAAGUGUGGAGGCAAUUGGAGAUCGGGAAUGGAUGUUUGACGGGCUAGAGGCUGGAUUCCUCGACUAUCAGUCCAGCCGUGGAUUCAGAGUGAGUUUAAAUUUGUAGCGGGAUUGAGGAGUAUGCCAAGUGCAAUUUCUUGAGUGGGCAGCUAAAUUUUCUUCUCAUCUCGUAUCUCUGGAACCGGUUCCGUAAAAAAAGUGAAUCAACUGAGAUGUUUUUUGGCGUAUUGUGUUAGAGGGUCCCAGAAUGUUUGCAUGCCGAAUUUCACGGUUCUAGGCCCAGCGGUUCCCGAGAUACGAGGUGGACAGAAAAUUCUGUCGACCAGUAUAUCAUUCUUCGUUUAUUACGCUUUGUCAAAAGUGCGGCUUUGUCGGUAGAAAUAGACAUUUAAUGCUACUGCAAAAAAGCGUCACGUUUUUUCCAACUUUGGAUCUAAAAAUCUCGGUCGUUUCUGCAAAGCGCGUCUGGCAAAUGUCUUAUUGUUAGAAAAAAUUUGUACGUUUCAUCAAAAUAUGAGCAUCGCACUUACACUACUUCCAUGGCUAGGUAAUCCUAACAACCAGUGACGUCAUCCACAUGCCAAAGCGCGUGAUGGACGACUUUCUGGAGCGCGGUGUUCUCGCGUACACGUCAAAGUACUCCGGCGAGUUCAACGUCUACAAAAUCAACGAUACAAUGGCUGCAAGGGCGUUCCAGAACUAUUUUCAAAUCACGCCGAGUUUGAGGUUCGAUAUGGAAAUGUCGGACAUCCUUUUUGCAAGAGAGGACGACUACGUGAUCCAGGCGAACUGGAUUGAGCCGAAUCCCGACAAUGUGGAUUGGGCUGUCGGGAAGAUGAUACUGUACAAUAAUUGUGUUGUAUUGGAUUAUAAGAAAAAUAUUCUGGCAUUUUCUAAAAAUAAAUGA